GCAUGAAAAAUAUAUUCCUUAACAGCAGUUGCCUUGCCAUCAGGGCCGUCCCUGGCUAACUUGAGGCCCCACGCAAAGUUAGAUGAUGAGGCACAUUUCCAUUAUUAAUAAAAAUCCAGAAACGAUCAAUUAAAUAUUGGCUACAUCUAAAAGAAAGUGACCCCCACUCCUACCACCGCAAAGCCCUGCAGUAUCAAGAGAUUCAUACGGAAAAGAGUCACCUCUCUCAGCUGGUCCUGACACUCUGUUCACAAACCGGUGAUCUGCCUCAAGACCAGUCUGAGCCCACAACUAUAAUUAGAGUCAACCAAAUUAUAACAAAACACACAAAAAACGACCUCACUUAUUGGAGCACUAAAUCCCAAAUACAAAGUAAAAUGCAAUGCUAUCUGGCCCUAAAAAGACAGUACUCUGUGGCAGCCUACCUGACCACAGUGACUGAUGUUAAACACAGGAAGAUGUUGACAAAGUACAGACUGGCCAUAGAAACAGGCAACAUGGCUGCCAAAAGAGGAGCGAUCAGCAGGGGUGCCGCGCCACACUAAUUGUGCCGCAUAAACGCAUAGGUGCGCCGCAUUUGAGACCCCACGCAGUCUGCGUGAUCUUCCUGUAGGGAGGGACGACCCUGCUUGCCAUUGUGUUUAUAUUGAGGCCCAAUCCCAAACCACUCCCUAGACCCUACCCCUCCGUGACGGAGUGAACUCCGUCUGUAGCCACACUCGCAGCUUAAUGAAGUUCCCUCCAUUAAGGGUUAAGGGUAUAAAUACAGCGCACUGCAUUGGGACGACCUCCCCUCUCUCCGCACGAAACGGAAACGGACGUUAUGUUGUCCCACAUAUCUCGGCUGCAUGGAACUGCGUUGCUAUCCGUUGCCUGUUAGAGGGUGCAAUGGCAAGAUCCAACGGAAGGCGCAGAAGGUCGAGGCGCAUCUUAGCGAUGUGCCAGUGGCAGGGGGGAAAAGGUCUUUACAUGCAGCUCAAUGCUACUGCCCCAAUUCUCGCCUUGUAUGCCAACCCUGAAGCUUGUCUAAAGAAGGACUUUAGAGUUAAGCGGUGUGGCUUAUUUAGUGCAGAUGCUUCCCUCCCAAAAGGACCACGGAUGGGGGCAAGAUAUCGAGGUGCUUCUUCUCCUCUACAGCUUGGCCCAUGGACUAUCGCUCUCUGUGGUGAGUUCAGCAUUCGGGAUUCCCAAAUCGACGGUCCACAGGAUCGUCAAACACGUCAUCGGGAAGAUAAAGGCCAACCUGAAGACCCUCAUUUCCCUGCCAACCGAAGAUGAGCUGCCAGAGAUUGCAGACGGCUUCUGUCAGCUUGCAAAGAGUCCUGCAUUUCACCGUGCUGCUGGUGUGAUCGAUGGAUGCCAUAUUCGCAUCAAACCUCCAGGAAACGAGUACCACAAGAACUACAUCAACUACAAGCUGUUUCCUUCCAUCCAGAUGCAGGCCAUCUGUGACUCAACUGGGAGAUUCCUGGAUGUCUUCAUCGGCUAUCCAGGCUCCGUUCAUGAUGCCAGAGUACUUCGCAACAGCCCCAUCUUCUGCCAGGCACUGUUUCCCCCAGCUGGUUGGUUCCUCCUUGGGGACGGUUGUUAUCCCUGCCUGGAAAAACCAGUAGGAUUACUCACAUCCUACAAGGUCCCUCACGGCCAGGUGCUGGCCAGAUUCAACGCGCAUCAUGCCAGGGCUCGGUCUGUGGUGGAAAGAGCCUUUGGAAGGAUAAAGACUCGCUGGAGGGCCACCCUUUUUCAAAGCGCUGGAGGUCAGUCCAAACUUUGCCCCUGACAUAAUUUCAUGUUGUGCAUUUCUGUGCAUAAACAUGAACGAUGUUCUUGAGGAUGCUGAAGCCUUCCCCCCUGAAGAUGGGGACCAGAAUCCUCCCCCUGCCGCAGCAUGUGGACAGGAAAGUCCUGGACACCACCUAAGGGACAGGAUUGCUGCACAACUCUGCUCCUGUCCAAAUGGCACCACACCUGAGAGAGCACGAUUACAUCAAAUUAACUUUGUUUUUUUGUGUUUUUUUUGGCAAAACGUGGUUGUCUGUUAACUUGUGUUUUUUAAAUUAUGUGCACACAUACCUGAUUUAAUUUGUGUUUGUUAGCAAGCUCCACUUCUCACUUUAGCAAAAAGAGGUGAAAUAAAAAAAAACCUGUGCAACGUUGAUUUCAAACUUGGUUUCCCUCAAUUGUCUUAAUGCAUAAUCCCAAAUUGGAGACAAAUGUCCUUACCUCUUGGAUCAUUCAAUCGCAUUAUAGGAGCACAGAGCAAAGGUUCAGAAAAUGAACACAGGUCUUCUAAUACAAUCACUUUUGUUUUUGAGUGCAACUCUACAAAUGGUUUGACAUGAGCAAUUAAUGCCGUAAAUGGCAUGUAUAUUUUAAUGCCUUAUACCUAUGAAGCGCACACACAUAUCUUUAUUUAAAAUGCUGAUAUGCAGGGUUAAUAUUCAGAUUUUGAAAAAAAAACUUUUGUUCCGUGCACAACAUUAUUUUGUGCAAAAGUUUUCCUUCUACGUUAUCAAUCCCACACAGAACAAUGUAGCCAUCUAGGUAACAAUCAAGCAGAAGCAAUGUCAUCCUCAUCACCAGUCUACCUGUAUUUACUAUAUACCCAUACAAUAUUCAAGACAUGAAGGACAGUACGUUAAAUUAGGUUUAUUCUCUUCCAAAUAAAUAAUACAAGCGAACAAAAACAACUCUUUACAAGUAACAUCAAUAAUCAACAUAAAAAUGGCCAAUGGUGGGGGGGGGGAAAUCAAUCACAUUUUGUCGACCAUUUUUUCGAACAGGGUUAGAAAUGUCUCCGAUACCUCAUUCACACCAACGCAACUCCGGUUCAAGCUCCUUGUUAGAUUCUUUCAGGUUCAGAGCUGGUUCUUUCGGUUUAGCUCUGGCUCUUUUCACACCGCCCAGAAUCCGACUGGU